CCGAUUACCGAGACUGUGACAGUGCUGACACAAAUUAGAAAAUACCGUUGCAUUUGGGUUUUUAAAUUUUUGUUUAAUUAGUAAAUUCAUUUUUGUUAUUUUUUUACUUAUUAAAGAAUUUCAUUAACAUUAGUAAAGUAUCCAUUUUAAACCUUUAAAAUGACCCAAAAUAUUGUAUUUAAUAUAAAUAUAGGCGAUCAGUUAACAUCAAUUUCUUGUGGCCAUGUUAUUGUAGAGCUAAUAAAGUUUUUAGCAUACCAAAGGCUUCAAAUUCCUUACACAUAUCAGUGGCUAAAACAAAUGGUUAAUAAGAAAAAAGAUAAUGAAAAUGAAAAGGAUACGUACCAGUCUGAAAGACACUUUCACAUUGCUUCUACAGCAUUAAAUAACCUGGAUUUUGUCCUUAAGAGUUUGUUGAAGGAAAUUGGAGAGGCAACUCAACCACAAGAAGUUUGUAUUGCAUUUGGUUCAAGUCCAAUCUCGUGUAAGGAGAUUUACCGCAUUGUCUUACCAACAGUGUGUCAUAAGCCACAAUGUCAAUCACCUCAUAUUGCAUCAGACAAAAAAAUACAAAGCAGUGUAUUUAGGAAUCUGGUGACUUCAGAAAAAUUGAGCAAAGUUUUUUUUGAGCCGCUAUCACCUACUAACAUGUAUGUUUUCCUCAAAAAGGAAUUAUUAAAUAACCAGCAAGUUGUCUGCAGUGAUACUUUUCUUCAUAUUAAUGGUUACAGAAUGCCUAGGAGCUGUAAAGUUGUUGUUUUAAACUUUCCUGCUAACCCUAAAAACACUACUUGUUGUAAUGAUUUUAAGAUCUUUGGUAAUGGACCAAGUGAAGGUCUCUCAAAACUGAGCUUGGACGAUUCUAGUGAUGAUGAUUUUCAUGAAAUUGAAUCUUCUGAUAAAGUGCAAUGGUUUCAAUCAACCUAUGUAAUGAAAGGUUUUAAAGAUUGUGUUGUAAAUGGUAGUUCUAUUAUUAACAGCUGGCUACAUUAAUGUUAGUUAUCUUUUAUUAGCUCAAUUAUAUAGUUAAAUCAUAUAUUUUUAAGUGUAAUUGUAGGGAUAAUGUAAAGUGUAUUUGAUGAUUUAAGGGACACUAAAAUUUAUAUAAAUUUAAUAAU